GUUGAGCUCAGACCUUCGCUGGAAAAGAAAGGAUUUGCAAAUGGAGGUGGCAGAAAUGUUCACCCUUUGAACGAUAAAAGAUACAUCGAGCCAUGUCCGAAUCUCUGUACGAGAAGUUUUUGGCCCCGGAGGAGCCCUUUCCUCUCCUCUCCCAGAGGACCAACCUCAGUGAUGUGGGGACCCUGGACGUCAGUGACUUUGGAUGUCAGCUCUCGUCCUGUCACAGGACGGAUCCUCUGCACCGUUUCCACAGCAACAGGUGGAACCUUACUUCCUGUGGGACCAGUGUGGCCAGCUCAGAGUGCAGCGAGGAGCUCUUCUCAUCCGUGUCUGUGGGCGACCAGGACGACUGCUACUCCCUCCUGGACGACCAAGAACUAACAUCACUGGAUUUGUUUCCCGAGGGCAGUGUUUGCAGUGACGUUUCCUCCUCUAUCAGCACAUAUUGGGACUGGUCCGACAGUGAAUUCGAGUGGCAGUUGCCAGGAAGUGACAUUGCCAGCGGCAGCGAUGUCCUCUCUGACAUUAUCCCGAGUGUGCCGAGUUCACCGUGUUUGUUUUCCAAGAGGAAGCCGAAACCCCACCCUCAUCGCAACCUGGAUGAAUUGCCUUGGAGUGCCAUGACCAACGACGAACAAGUCGAGUACAUCGAGUACCUGAGCAGGAAGGUCAGCACGGAGAUGGGUUUGAGGGAGCAGCUGGACAUCAUCAAGAUCAUCGACCCCUGCGCUCAGAUCUCUCCCACCGACAGCGAAUUCAUCAUAGAGCUCAACUGUCUGACUGACGAGAAACUCAAACAGGUGCGUAACUACAUCAGAGAGCACAGCCCGAGGCAGCGGGCCAGUAGCACCAGGGAGGGCUGGAAGAGGAGCAGCCACAGCAGCGCGAGCACAGGCGGCGUCAGCGGAGCCAGCAGCAGCAACGCCAGCAUGGUCAGCUCCGCCAGCUCCUCCACCGGCUCCACGGCCUCCAACUCCGUAGCAGGUGGCACGGCCUCGGCCUGUAGCGGAGGCAGCGUUGCCAACAUCAGCAGAGCUCACAGCGACGGGAACCUCUCCAGUGCUGCAGAGCGUAUACGAGACUCUAAAAAACGUUCAAAGCAACGUAAGCUCCAGCAGAAAGCGCUGCGCAAGCGGCAGCUGAAGGAGCAGCGGCAGGCUCGCAAGGAGCGACUGAGCGGACUGUUUCUGAACGAGGAGGUGCUGUCGCUACGGGUGACGGAGGAGGACGACCACGGCGACGACCUGGACAUACUGAUGUGACACCAGUGAAUGAAUCAGUGCUCCCUCUACGCCUGCUCUAUGACCAGCUAGCCGCCACCACAGAGCCCGUAGGCCGCUCUGAUCCACAUGGCUGCAUGCGUUAGCUCUCAGUAGUGCGUUUUGUUACUCGCCGCGCAGUAAUUAACACCUUCCAGUCGCCUAUAAUUUAACUCAACAUAUUGCUCGCUUAUACUAGUGUAACAUGCUAGAGGCUAACGCUGCUACAGCUAAGAAGCUUGCAGAUACUAAUGAAUAUGUGCUAAUGAUAUCAUUUCAAUUACAUACAAUUAGAGAAGAAGAUUUGCUUAUAGAUGCUCUACCCAUUGCUACUAACACAACCACCACUGACAGAAGGACAGAUCAGGCAACACCAGCGGAGUUUGGCUACGUUACACCAAACACACGGCAAAGCAGGGCUGGGCGGUAUGACCAGAGACGUAUGUCACAGUGUUUUAUUUUUCACGUAUCAUAGCGUGUUCUCAACAUUUUCUACUGGUUGGGAGAAGAAUUAAUACAGUAGAUUGAUGUGGAAAUCCGGGGGACAGCUUAGAGAUAAAAAUAAGUAAUUAACUGUUAUCAAAAUUAAAUGAGGAAACAAUUACGAUUUAAUUUAUUUGAGGUAUUUAUUCAUAUUUAAACUGUUAUGUCUGUAAUGUCAAUAGCAGCGUGACCAGUUACCGUAAUAACUAUAGUCUGCGUGCAACAUUUUUUUUCUCAUUCAUAAAAAGCUAAAAUUUGGGUCACUUUCGGGUACAGCAAUAGGAGAAAUCGGGGAAGAACAACCAACAUAGCGCCUUUUAUUUGGGUCAAGUCCUCACCUUUCCAUCUUCACCACAUCUUGCAGUGAUGCAGUGGCAUCAUGCGUGUUUAGAAGCGCUACAUUGUGCUGAAACAGCGCCGGUAUAUUAAAAAUUAAUCUCAAGAAAACCCGUUUUUCGGUAUGAACCGGUAUACCGCCCAGCCCUACGACCAAAGUUUUAUUUUUUUACACCGAUACAGAAAGAACUUGGCACCAGCUGAUGAUAUUUUAUUUAAUUUGAUACCCAUACACACAGACACAUCUUUAGGAGGCCAUAUAUGCUUUAGCCAAACUCUGCUGCACAUUCUGUUAAAACUGUAAAUUCCUCGAGGUAAAGUCAGGGUGGAAUUAGUGUAAAGGACCAGAACGUGUGUCCCCUCACAGGAGGACACGUCUGGAGGACACGACAUGACAGUGAUGAUGCACAGAUUUAUUUUAAUGGUGACCACCCGUUAGUCUGGAAACAAUUCGAGCAGGAUCAUGUUUAGGGUUUGGACCCUGAAGCGAGCUGGUCUGUCUUUCUAUCUGCUGCUGCUGCUGCUGCUGCUGAGUGUCGCGGUCCCAUUUCACUUUUAAGGCUUAGAGGGAGCACUGAAACCCUGCAUGUUUAAAUCACACUGAAUCCUCGUGUGGCCCACUAACUAACAACUUGCAUUAUUAUUUGCAUACACCCGUUAAAUUGGCUUACCUGUGUUGUAAAUACGUGAUAAAUAACUUCAUAUUUACCGCUUGCUUUCAAGUUUUCCUUCGUGAUAAAUGAUUUAAAGUUUUUUUUUUCUUUUCCUUUUGUGUGUGUGUAUAUAUAUAUAUAUAUCUUAUAUGACAACAUAGUGAGGUAAUUGGUCAGCACAGUUUCAAUGCUUCAAAUUACCACUGGUCCUUUGGGAUACUUUAAGUCUUACUUUGAUGUAUUUAGUUUCGAACAUGUUUGAACUGUUUUUUUUUUCCUCACCUUCACUCCUACUUGAAUGAUUUCACUACAAUGAUUGGCUUCAGGCAUUUAAGCAUUGGUCGUUGGUUUGGUUUUUAGCGCUAAACUUGAGCUGGUUUCUUAAGAGAUGUGCUGAGUUUACUCUGUUCAUAUAUUUCGGGUUUAGAAGAAGAAAACAGCUUUUUGUGGAUUUGUACCUGUCAUGCUUUUUUAUUUUUUUUCCCAUCUUUGCUAUAUUGUUUGCUAUGUUUUUUCUUUUCAGGGCUGUGACUCGAUCAACUACUUCAGUUCCUGCUUUCCUUUCUGAUUCUUUUAAGCUUGGCCUCUUGUCUCAUGUCUUGUGUAUAGAGUUAAUAAUUACAGCAAUUAUGUUAACGAACAGCUUUACGCUUUCUGUAGCAUCGAAUUAGUUAAAACUCUAUUUUGGAAAAUAAGAUAAUUUUGAAGAAAAAAAAAAUCAAGUGUGAUGCAAUAAAGUUAUUUGUGCAAAUAAGGUACCAUGUAACUGCUGAAGAUGAAAUGGUAUUAAAACAGGCUGAACAACAGUUGUUUCUGUGUAAACAAAACUUUGUGAUUCAGGAAAAUGACUCUAAAGCAGUCGGUGACAUUAUUAAUUAUACAGCUCUUAGGAGGUAAAACAUUUCUACCAUCAGCUACAACGACAAACCACUACAUUGCUUAUUUUAUUUUUUUUGUGGCUUGUGUGUUUGAGUACCACGGAUUCUCUGUCACUGUCGGGGCUGCGGGGGACAAUGUGCAGUCCACUCAAUGGUUCUGAUACAUCGUGAACUUGAUUCAAAUAAACAGACUUGUACAUGGUUGCA